UUAUUAAUGAGAGUGGUCAAAUAAUGUGUUGUUUACUUAAUGAAUUAAUAUUUUCUAAUAAGUGUUCACAAUUACAUCACAUUGAAUAGUGUGUAAACAUAGAUACUCAUAAACAGGUUGAUGAAGGAUGUUGAUAAAUGAACUUAAAAUCAGGACAUUCCAUGAGCAAUUAAAGAAAAUAAGUUAUUAAAGGUAAUUAAGCUGUCCCUGCAUUGUGUCAGAUGGUAUAAAUAAGACCCUUUUCAAUUUCUGUUCAUUCUAUUACCUUCCCCCUACAAAGAAACAUUCAUACUCAUCUAUUACCCAGCAAUGGCCAAGUUUGCAGUAUUUGGGAGCAGCUAUGUUACUCGUCUUGAGAGAUAUUGUCAUGGUGAUCUUAAGGUUCCUGGCACCGUCAGAUUCUUCGGGAAGGGUGGCAUGCGUUCUGAUUCGAUUCCAAGACAACUACUUAGAGACCUGAUAGAGUACAACCCUGAUGUUGUACUCAUCCAACUAGGAGGAAAUGACAUCUCAGCGACAUCAUCCCCCAACGACAUUUUCCAGAGACUUCUGACACUGCAGGUGGACCUACAUCAUGCUGGAAUUCAGGAGGUGAACUUUACAGAGAUUGUGCGACGUGGUAACUUUGACAAGUCCCCAGGCCUGACAGCGACGUCUUUUGAGAAACAAAGGAAGAAGAUAAAUCGACAACUGCUGACUAGACUGAGAUACAUCAAGAUUAGAGUUAACUUUCCAGAGGACUAUGACCGUGACCAAGUGCAUUUCAACGACUCAGGACUCAGGACCCAGUUCCAUGCUUUGAGACGACCAUUUUUUGCAUAA